AUGUCCAAGCCGAACAAUUCUGAAGUGGCUGCGGAGUUGGCGGGCGAGGCUCUGCCAUCAUCGAAAGUCAAGACCUCGUCUCGGCCAUUGCUUCCGGAUCUCACGCGCCCUACCUUCCCUACCUUCCCUCCCUCUCCUCCUUCUUCUCCCACCCCUCUCCGCCGUCUUUUAUUUCCACGCGAUCGACAUGGUCCAUUGGAUCCGCGAUCACCUUUGAUCACAAACACAGAUAACGCCACCCCCAACCCUCCGCCCAUCAUGCCGGAAAGCUCCAUCAAGCGCUCUCUUGGUGUUUCCCUCACACGCACCAUUCAAGAGUCACGCGUGUUAUUGGUCGGCGCUGGCGGCAUUGGAUGCGAACUGCUGAAAAACCUCGUCUUAACAGGCUUUGGUGAAAUUCACAUUAUCGACCUGGACACAAUCGACCUCAGUAACCUUAAUCGCCAAUUCCUCUUCCGACACGAACACAUCAAGAAACCGAAGGCACUGGUCGCGAAGGAGGUUGCGCACAAAUUCCAGCCGAAGGCGAAGCUAGAAGCCUACCAUGCCAAUGUCAUGGACAAGCGCUUCAAUGUUGAGUGGUUUCAAUCAUUCAACAUUGUUUUCAAUGCGCUUGACAAUCUUGCUGCACGUCGUCAUGUCAAUCAUAUGUGCCUUGCUGCAUCCGUUCCCUUAAUUGAGAGUGGCACCACGGGCUUUAAUGGUCAGGUGCAGGUAAUCGAAAAGGUGGGUCGCAAUGACAGGGAGACAAUAUGGUUCAAAGAAAGGAUAAUGGCUGACUCGAGCAGGGAACGACUGAGUGCUACGAUUGCAAUCCGAAAGAGACCCCCAAAGCGCAUCCUAUCUGUACAAUCAGAAGCUCCCCCACCCAACCAAUCCACUGCAUUUGAAUUAUUCGGAGAGAGCGAGGACACAGAGACCCUCGAUAAUUCCACGACCGCAGACAAUGCCGAUGAAAUCGCAAAACUGAAGCAACAAGCGCGGCAACUGCAAGAGAUUCGGGAUUCUAUGGGGUCGGAAGAGUUCCCUCACAAGGUCUUUGACAAGGUAUUCCGUUUGGACAUUGAAGAACUGGGGGCAAUGGAAGGAAUGUGGAAGGAGCGUAAAGCCCCGGAAGCACUUGUCUGGGACGACCUGCAGGAGCAGUCGAAGUCCGUCGAACCUACAAUCGCCGAAAUCGACCAGAGGGAGUGGACGCUACCAGAAGCGUUUUUCGUGUUCAAGGACAGCUUGGUCCGCUUGAGCAAACGCCUCAAAGAGCUCCAGAAAACAUCAUCGCCCGAGAGCCCUCCCCCGGUCUUGGAGUUUGACAAAGAUGAUACCGAUACCUUGGAUUUCGUGACGGCCACGGCAAUCCUGCGGGCUGCCAUUUUCGGUAUCGAAAGUAGAUCAAAAUUCGAUACUAAACAGAUGGCUGGCAAUAUUAUUCCUGCUAUUGCCACAACAAAUGCUAUGACCGCUGGACUUUGCGUACUGCAGGCAUUCAAAGUCCUCCAAAAUGAUCUGGCAAAUUCGAAGAUGGUUUUCCUCGAGAGAUCUGGCGCCCGUGCCAUCAACUCUGAUUCUCUGAACCCUCCAAGACCCGAUUGCGGUGUUUGUUCAGCGGUGCACGGUCAUGUAAUUAUUGACCCCGAGCAAGCUACUCUCAAUGAUGUCGUCGAGGGAGUACUUCAAUCAGAGUUAGGCUACAGUGAAGAAUUUUCUAUCCUAAAAGAAUCAGGUGUCAUUUACGAUCCUGAUCUAGAGGAUAACCUCCCAAAGAAACUUUCUGAGCUCGGAAUAACAAACGGUACUUGGAUCACCGUCAUGGAUGAAGAUGAUCAAGAUAAAGUACCUCGAGUGAACCUGGAGUUGUUCUUCAUUGAAAGAACUGAAAAAGCCACUGAGGAGGAUAAGCCUGCUCAGCUAAAGCAGCUCGUGGAAAUUCCCCGCAGAGCCAAACCCACAACCGAGGCUCUCUCCGAAGAUACACUGUUGGAAAAUGGUACCACUUCAACAGGCAAACGGAAGCGAGAAGGUGAAGAUGAUGAUCUGACGAAUGGACAUAUCGCCAAAAAGGUCGCAGGUGAGUCAUCAUCUGAUGACAACGAGCCUAUCGUGAUUGAAGAUGAAGGGGCUAUAACGAUCGACGAUUAG